CAAUUUCACAAUCAGUUGACGGAAACGAAUCUCGGAACAGCAUCUCUUUCAUCGUCUCCUCAUUUUAGGGUAAUCAUCAGCGUCCAUGUCCGGGAACACCAAUUGUACCGUGUACAUAGGGAACUUGGACGAGCGAGUAAGCGAUAGGGUUUUGUAUGAUAUCUUGAUCCAAGCAGGGAGAGUAAUCGAUCUACACAUCCCUCGCGAUAAAGAAACUGAAAAACCAAAAGGCUUUGCGUUCGCAGAGUAUGAGACUGAAGAGAUCGCCGAUUACGCCGUCAAGCUCUUCUCCGGUCUUGUCUCUCUCUACAAUCGAACUCUCAAAUUCGCCAUAUCUGGACAAGACAAAGCACAGUCAGGUUCAGGUCACAGGACAAGACCUCAGUCUCUGAGUUUCGAUCAUUCGGAUAGAACUCAUCACCAUUCGGAGAGAUUCUCAUCACAGUUGAUGUCUUCACCUUCCCCUAUGCCUCUUGGUUACACUCAAGAGCCACCUCCGCCAGGGGUUUCAAAUGGAGCCGGUUUGGAGUACAGCAGUAGAAGGGUUCUGAGUUCGGCACUAGAUAUCAACCAUUCAAGACCCAGUCGCUACUGAGACCACUUUUCUUUGCUUUUUUGUUGUUGUGAAAAGAACGAACUAGAGGGAGAUGAAGAACUCGUGAUUGUAAUCAUCCAAGGAAGUUUAGUUCAACUGAUGUAACCUUUGUUUUUCAGUAAAAAGACGCAUCUUUCUGUGUUGUUUAGAACAAAGGGAACGUGAUUCAGAUUUGAAACCAAGUUAAGGGAACUGCAUUUGCUGAUG